AUGAGUUUCGCCUCAACAGUCCGUUGUGUGCUUGCGAAGGUGAAGUGGAAUGUUCCCAUUCUUAUCUACGCGAUCGUUCAGUUUAUCGCGUUCUUGUUGGUGUUGGUGGCUACGCCGAUCGACAUGUAUCGGUUUAGACCGCAGUACAUCACCCCCAACACCACGGUUGUGACCCUAUGGGGCGUGAAGUUGGGUGUCUUAAACACCACUAACACCAUAUCAUCCGACUUCUUGUGGAGGAGGUGCAUUCCACGUCGCGACCGUUUCCGCCUUGCCCAGGCGUGCGCUGUUCUCUCCAUCUUCGUGUACGGCGUGGCGGCCGCCUUGGGCUUCAUCAUGCUGUACUGCUGCUCCUUCUUCCGCAUGGUAUGUGUGGCGCUCAACAUUGUGGGCGCUGUCACGUUGUGCAUUGUCUGGGCGGCCGUAGCGGUGACCUACCACGUAGAAGAUAACGAGUUUUGCUGGAAAGAGAGUGUUUUCUCCACCUACGGUGCCGGAUUUGUUCUCUUACUGGUGGCGUGGGUCCUCGAUCUCCUCAACAUCGCCGUCCUGCUUCUUCCAGUUUCCAUUGCAGCAGGAGGUGCUGGUGGCAGCUCGAAUAAAGACUCCAAUAAAGAGGAUGAAUCUUCGAAUGGUAACUCGGGAGAGAGUUCGAUGGAAGGGUCGAGGCAAAACGAUUUUUCAGAGGGCGUGUAG